AUGCAUGGCCAAAAGGGACGUCACCCUGAUGACUUGUAUGCUACUGCCCAUCGUCUUUCAGUUGAAUUUAUCUCCGUCAACACUGCACCUGUGCAUACUCACUCACCCUCUUCUACUCAUUGGUGUCCUCCCCCUCCUGGUAAGUUGAAACUGAAUGUAGAUGGUGCUUGUAGUACUUUCGUUUGGAAGUGUGGAUUGGGGGCAGUUGUAAGAAAUGUGCAUGGAGAUCUUUUGGGUGCUAUUUCAGUCCCUAUCACUGGAUGUUUCUCUGCUAAGAUUACUGAACUCUUAGCAAUUCGGAAAGGCCUUCAGUUUGCAUGGGAGGCCAAUUACGAUUCAUUAGUUGUUGAGACAGAUGCGAAGAAUGCCAUUAACGACAUCAUCUCUGGCACUGAGGCUUUUGAAGCUGCAGGGGGGAUUAUCAACGACAUCCACAUGUUAUCUAGAAACUUUGAAUCUCUUUCUUUUGUAUUUGCUCCCAAAUUGCGUAAUACUGUGGCUGAUAGACUUGCUAAGUUUACUUUAGGUAGUGUGUCCAUAGACGUUUGGCUUGAAGAGGGUCCGCCAUGGUUCAAUGUGUUUCUUCAAGCUAACGCUAAUAAUCUAGAGUUGUCGUGA